UCCCAGCACCCAACCUGGCCGCCACAAUGCCCACCAGACCCGUCCCUGCCCCCAACUCUAGUACACUUCCGGCCUCCUCUACUAGCCUCUCCCCCGCUACCACCGCAGCUCCGGGAAAGCUAUAAAACCUCCCGAGGUGACUCAGGAUCAGAUACUCCGCCAGCGCUAAUGCCGCCUCCCAGGUCCUCAGCCCUGUUGUCCCGCUCCCAGAUAUCAGGGCGCGUGAUUCGAACAAGGUGAUGGGCUGGCCAAUAGAACGGCCCGAGAAGGGUGAGGGUGGGAGAGUAUAUGUCACGUUUUCCUUUGAAGUGGGUAAGAAGGGGGUGGUGGAAGAUGGGGAGGGCAGGCUCGAGAGGAGGCGAGUGUAAAGGGAUAGUAGUCGCUCGUCGAUCUCCUGGUGCUUAGGUGAGACCGGGAGCUGGUGGGGCUUAGGCUUUUUGUGAGGGAACUGUGAGC